AUGGAGUCAUCGUCACCUAUGACCUCCAGUGCCUAUUCACCAAGUAAACAUCGAAGUAUAUGGUCCAACCGCGUACACCGUGAGCUAAAAAAGUGUCGUGCUACUAACGCUCUACCGAAUGAUGCGACUCUACAUCGUGCACAAAUCUCUGAGUCCUGUGGUGUAUGUGAAUGUGAGUUCCACUGCUUUGUGCCGUUUGUCGAAGGUUCGGAUGCACUAUCGCUGGUACCACGAAUCGAUCUGGUCGUGCAUAUGUCUUUUUCAAGCGAUAAAUUGGCGGAUGGCCUUGUGCAAUACCCCUUUCUAGCUCCUGAAGUGGAAAUAUACCAUGGCGCCUUCUACCUACCUAUCGAAAUGCGCGAACGCAAAGUAACCAAACCUGGUACUAAAGAACCCAUCACUAUGCUCAAGCUACCGUUAUCCGAAGAAUACUUGAAUUACACAACAUGA